AUGGCACUCUUUAACGCUACCCACAUUCCAACAACCUUCAAUACCCUCCGAACCAAUCCUCUCCCUUUUCCCUCUUCCCAUUUUUCCUUCCUUUCUCUCUCUCACACCACCGCCGCCACCAACAUGUCCCGACUUAGUUCCGCCGACUUCCAACUAUCCACCAUAACAGCUUUAUCUCCAUUAGACGGCCGUUAUAGAGAUAAAGUUCAAGACUUGGCUCCUAUCAUGGGUGAAUAUGGACUUAAUUACUAUAGGGUCAUUGUUGAGAUUAAAUGGCUCAUGAAGCUUUCUGAAAUUAGUGAAAUCACCGAAGUUCCUCCUUUUAGUGAAGAUGCUAAGUCUUUCUUACAAGGUUUGAUUGACCACUUUGGUGAAGCUGAUGUUAAUGAGAUUAAAAGAUUUGAGAAGAUUACAAAUCACGAUGUUAAAGCUGUAGAGUAUUUCUUGAAACUAAAGUGCCAAUCAAAUGCUGAAAUUGCUAAGGUGCUUGAGUUUUUUCACUUUGCCUGCACAUCUGAGGAUAUUAAUAACCUUGCUCAUGCCUUGAUGUUGAAAGAAGCCAUGGAUUCUGUUAUGUUUCCUGCCAUGGAUAAAAUAAUCAAAGCUUUGUGUACAAUGGCCAAAGACAACGCCGAUGUCUCCAUGCUUUCUCGCACUCAUGGACAGCCAGCUUCACCAACAACUUUAGGGAAGGAAAUGGCGAUAUUUGCUGUGAGGCUAAGCAGAGAAAGGAAGGAACUUUCUCAAGUUGAGAUUUUGGGGAAAUUUGCCGGUGCAGUUGGAAAUUACAAUGCACAUCUUUCUGCAUAUCCUGAUGUUAAGUGGCCUGUCAUUGCCCAGGAUUUUGUACGGUCUCUUGGAUUAUGUUUUAAUCCUUAUGUUGCCCAGAUUGAAACUCAUGACUACAUGGCAAAGAUUUUUCAUUCAUUCAUCCAAUUCAACAAUAUAUUAAUCGACUUUGAUAGAGAUGUAUGGGGCUAUAUAUCUUUGGGAUACUUUAAGCAGACAACUAAGGCUGGGGAGAUUGGGUCGUCCACUAUGCCUCACAAAGUGAAUCCCAUUGAUUUUGAGAACAGCGAAGGCAAUUUAGGCGUGGCUAAUGGAGGUUUUUCUCAUCUAAGCAUGAAGUUGCCGAUUUCACGUUGGCAGAGGGAUUUGACUGAUUCAACUGUCUUAAGGACCAUGGGUGUCAAUUUUGGUCAUUCUCUUCUUGCAUAUAAAAGCACACUUCAAGGAAUUGGGAAGCUUCAGGUCAACGAAGCUCGCUUGAGCGAAGAUUUGAACCAGUGCUGGGAGGUACUUGCUGAACCAAUACAAACGGUUAUGCGAAGAUACAAUGUUCCCGAGCCUUAUGAGAAGUUAAAAGAGCUGACUAGAGGGAAAGCAAUUACCAAAGAAAGCUUAAGAGACUUCAUUGAAGGCUUAGAUAUUCCUCAAAAUGCAAAGACCUAUCUCUUAAAGUUAACGCCGCAUACUUACGUUGGAACCGCCGUUGAACUGGCCAGAACUGUAGAACACGAAGUGAAUAAUAUUUUGAAUGGAGCAAUCUAG